GCAGUGAAUCACAGCGACUGGCCGUUGAAGGUUCGAGGUUCUGGACUGACUGGACCCAGCAGUGGAGCUGCGACAGAAACCAGCCGCUUUCCUGACCGCCGCGCUUCCCUGAAGCAACCGCUGCCGUCAGAAGACGAAACAGAAAUGGACGAAAAGGCGUUCACUCAGGAGGUCGACCAGUGGAUCGAGCAGCUGGGCGAGUGCAAGCAGCUGUCCGAGGGUCAGGUGAAGACCCUGUGCGAAAAGGCGAAGGAGAUUCUGACCGAAGAGUCCCACGUGCAGGAGGUGCGCUGCCCAGUGACCGUGUGCGGCGACGUUCACGGCCAGCUCCACGACCUGAUGGAGCUGUUCAGGACCGGAGGGAAGUUCCCCGACACCAACUACCUGUUCAUGGGCGACUACGUGGACAGAGGAUACUACUCCGUAGAAACCAUCUCCCUGCUCAUAGCUCUUAAGGUUCGUUUCCGGGAGCGAAUAACCAUCCUGAGGGGAAACCACGAGAGCAGACAGAUCACUCAGGUCUACGGUUUCUACGAUGAGUGCUUAAGGAAAUACGGGAACGCCAACGUGUGGAAGUACUUCACUGACCUGUUCGACUACCUGCCGCUCGCGUUAGUCGACUCUCAGCUUGCAGUUUGAUCCGGCGCCUCGAAGAGGAGAGCCACACGUAACCCGCCGCACCCCAGACUACUUCCUGUGAACUUUGACCUCUCCUAGCGAGUCCAGGCUCUGUGACUCGGAAGCGAUAUCGAUACGAAUGAGGAACAGAAAACUGGGAAAACAUCGCGGCAUGGCAUAACGCUGCGAUGCUGGAAACCAUGAAACUCCUCAUUCUGUGCAGCUGCAGCUGCUGAAGUCCAUCAGCUUCAGUUCUGCAGAUCAACAUGUUUGCACUUUUGUACAUUUAAAUACAUUUAUCACAUUUGUAUAAUAUGUCUAAAAAAUACAGAUUAUAAAUUAUGAUUUUUUUCCCUUCCUGUUUUUUUUUUGUUUUGUUUUUUCUUU